CAUUCCGGCCAAGUGCCUGUUGGUAGCAGCUUAGUUGACAUCUGGUCUGGGGGUUCUUGUAGGUGGCAGUGGCUGAAAUCCGUGUGGAGGAAAAAAAAAAAUCCAAAGCCGAAGAGACGCCAUGGACGACCAGGGCUGCCCCAGGUGUAAGACCACCAAGUACCGGAACCCUUCUUUGAAGCUGAUGGUGAACGUGUGCGGACACACUCUGUGUGAGAGUUGUGUGGACUUACUGUUUGUAAGAGGAGCUGGAAACUGUCCUGAGUGUGGGACUCCACUGAGAAAGAGCAACUUCAGGGUACAACUCUUUGAAGAUCCCACUGUUGAUAAGGAGGUUGAAAUUCGGAAAAAAGUACUAAAGAUAUACAAUAAAAGGGAAGAAGAUUUUCCUAGUUUAAGAGAGUAUAAUGAUUUUCUGGAAGAAGUGGAGGAAAUCGUUUUCAAUUUGACCAACAAUGUGGAUUUGGAGAACACUAAAAAGAAAAUGGAAAUAUAUCAAAAAGAAAACAAAGAUGUCAUUCAGAAAAACAAAUUAAAGCUGACGCGGGAGCAGGAGGAGUUGGAGGAAGCAUUGGAGGUAGAACGCCAAGAACAUGAGCAGCGACGGCUGUUCAUACAAAAGGAAGAAGAGCUGCAGCAGGCUCUGAAAAGGAAGAACAAGCAGGCCUUUUUAGAUGAGCUGGAGAGCUCCGACCUCCCUGUUGCUCUGCUCCUGGCGCAGCAUAAAGACAGAUCGACCCAGCUGGAAAUGCAGCUCGAGAAGCCCAGAUCCAUGAAGCCAGUGACGUUUUCCACAGGAAUUAAAAUGGGUCAACAGAUUUCAUUAGCACCAAUCCAAAAGCUGGAAGAAGCUCUUUAUGAGUACCAGCCCCUGCAGAUAGAGACCUGUGGCCCACAAGUUCCUGAGCAAGAGCUCUUAGGACGGCUUGGGUAUUUAAACCACGUCCGGGCUGCAUCUCCACAGGAUCUUGCUGGCGGCUAUACUUCUUCUCUUGCUUGUCACAGAGCGCUACAGGAUGCGUUCAGUGGGCUCUUCUGGCAGCCCAGAUAACCUGUAUUUUCUCAUGUAUAAGAUCUGGAUUGUGGAGCCAAACCAAGGGGUUUGAAAGUAUAGAGGUUUGUAAAGUUCCAGCCCCGCAGCUGCACAGCACACCACCACUGCUGCUGUGCUCAGGUGUUUAUUGCAGUCUGGACCAAGCUGAGAAAUGUGUUGCAUAUAGAUUCAUGGAAGAGGUUUAUUUUUUACUUCUGUUCUUUAGACAGGGAUGAAGAACAUUAAACCUCAUCUGACAGAAAAGAAAUAAAUGAUUUGCCUAUGUUUGGAGUUGACUUACACAUUUUAUAAAAAAUAAAGCCUGACUUUAUGGUACAUUUUUGUGGGAUUUUUUUUUCUUCCUCCUCCUCCUUGUGUUUUUCUGGAACAUAUUUCCAAAUGCCUUUUUGAUUAUAACAUUCAGUGCUAUUAUCCAAGUCUAUAUUUUCCCUAUAAAAACUUCUUUUUCCCCUUAAUGUCGUAUUGAUAGUGGUACAGACAAGUGGAGAUGUUUCAUCUUAGCAGCAGGCCGUGUCAAGAAAGCACAACUGUGAUGUGGCUCUUCCUCAGCAGUAAGAGUCUGGGGGACUGUUUUGAGCCAUGCAAAGUGAGGCAAACCUAAUGUGGUUCCCAGCUGUGAGCCACAGAAAUGAUAAACCAGAGCAGGCCAUUAACCUGCUUUAAUGGCAGAUUCAAAGAUGUGAGCUAAUAAAACUUAAUACAUCAAUGGCACCUUUCACUGCUAAUGUGAGCUCAUUUUAUGAUGAGAUGUUGAGACUGGAAAAGGUACCAUGUAAGUGAAAUUUCUCUGCAUAAAUUAUAGACUGAUGUAGUUUUCCACCCACCAAAGCUUCAAGGGAUUUUACUGUGCUUGUGGUUUUGUGUAGUUUGGGUGUGUGUUGGUCAGAAGCAUGAGCAUCCCAGCCUGUGUGAGUCUGUCGCAUGGGCCCCUGGGUAUGGAACAUAGGCUUUUCCAGGAAAUUAAAGGAUAUUCUAUCAAAUUUCUGUCACAACAAAUGCUAACUUUAUGGACAUAAGAGUUAAAUGAAUCAAAUCUCUGGUUAUGUUAGUGUUAAUAGUCAUAUGUAACAAUACCAUCUUUAUUGGGUGGGGAUCCAUUUCAGUGCAUCUUGUGGGACCAACCUUCCUUGCUAGAAGUCACACUUCUCAUCUUUGAUAAAUGAGAAAACCAAGAAGUUGAAUAUGCCAAGAAUAUAUAUGUAAAUUAGUAAAAAGCUAGAAUUAGGUCAAGUUACUUCUUAAUCUAAAUCCACUAUGGAGUGAGCAUGUAGUAUUCCUUAUGUUAGUUAGGUUUUUGCUAAUUGGUAGUUCACCCUUCUGUAUUCAAUCUGUAAAUCUGAUGAAGAAGUGAUGAAAAUGAGCCCACGGCUAGGGCUUUGCUGCACUCGUGGACAGAAAUCAAUAUACCUACAAUUCAUGAACUAAUUAAUAAAACUCAAGCUUUGUUUUGC